AUGCCACCGGAGGCUCUGCCGCCGGGGGAUGUCGGUUCUUCGCGUCCAGUUACUGAGAAGGACAGGGUUGAGAUGGAAGAGGGUGAGAUUUGUCAAGUGGGGGAGGGGUUGGCUGUACAGUCUGUGGUCUCUCCGCCGCAAACUGUAGAGGCGACUGUCGAGAAGGGUCUGUCAGUGGAGGUAGUCCCCGGUGUUGUCGAUCAGCACAAGGUUACAGUGAAUCCAGUGAAGUUGGGUGGCCAAUCCAAACAACGCACAUGGGUUUCGAUGGUAAAAGAAUCGGAUGUGAUGGAAAAAGUGGAGUUGGAUGUUGAGGAUAUUGAUGGUAUGCCUACUGUUAGGAUCCCUGAUGCAGUUUUUGACGAGGCUCAGCCGCUUUGGGAAGACUUUCUGAUUGGUAAAUUUUUAGCAAAGGCCCCGUUUGUGGGUGGGAUUCAUGCUUUGGUGAAUAAGAUUUGGACAUUGGGUGACAAAACAAUGAAAAUAGAUGUUUAUGCGGUGGAUAACACCACUGUGCGAUUCCGUAUCAAAGAUGAGCGCACUAGACAGCGAGUAUUAAGAAGAGGUAUGUGGAAUCUUUGUGGUGUUGCGGUGGUUCUCACAAAGUGGACACCUAUCAUUGAUACUACACAGGAGGGUCUUACAACGGUUCCUAUGUGGGUUGUGGUUAAGAAUGUUCCUCCCAGGUAUUUCUCUUGGAAGGUACUAAGUGCGAUCACUAGUCCUUUAGGAACACCUAAGCGUUUGCACCCGGAAACAGAAGCGUGUAAAUUGUUUGUGGAGGCAAAAGUGUUUGUUGAGGUGGAUUUGACAAAGAGUUUACCAAAGCAUAUGUCAUUUAAAUCAGGAAAAGGGGGGGACACAGUUGUGGAGUUUGUUUAUCCUUGGUUGCCACCAAGGUGUGUUGAUUGUUCAAAAUGGGGACAUCUUCGUGUUGACUGUUUAUCAAAAAAGAACCUCGUUACCCCGGCUUUGGUCCCACAAGGCCUGGUAGACGAUGCUUCACCUGCCAUAGCUGCUGAUUUGCAGUCUAACUCGGAGAAUGUUGCAGAGAUUGUGAGGGUGGGGGACAAUGUAGCUGAUGGGGCUGUUAACUCUGACCAGAGUACGGAUGCAGAAUGGUGUACACCUAUCAAAGGCAUUCGUAGUCCGGGGAAAAUCGCUACACCAAGUAACAAUGAGAUUUCUAACUUGUCAAAUUCUUUCUCAUGUCUUAGUGACAAGGGAGAGAAAGGCGAGGAUAUUUCUUCAGAGCCGUCUCUUACAGAAGCUGGUGCGGAAUGUAUGAAAGAGUCCACUGCUGAUGAACCCGACCAGGAGAAACAAGCACGGAAAGAUACAGAUACAAUAUUGGACCAGCAAGGAGUUUUGCUGCGUCCUUCACUUCCGCGUGCCUCUAAGGAGGGACACAAGUAUGUUUCAGUAACUGGACAGCAGAAACGCAAGUCACUCUGGAGUGAUUUACAACACCAUCAUCACUCGCCUCUGUUUCGAAACAAGGCUUGGCUUAUUUGUGGAGAUUUUAAUGAAACUUUAGAUGGUGAUGAUCACUCUCUAUCUGAUUCAUCGCCUUCUGUUACAUUGGGUAUGCGUGACUUUCAAAACCUUGCGCGGGACUGUGAACUGGUUGAUAUGAGCUAUCAAGGACCGCGUUUCACAUGGGGUAACAAACGCCACGACGGAGUGAUCUGCAAAAAGUUGGACCGUGUGUUAAGGAAAGUGCAGAAACCGUUUAAGUUUGUCAACACAGUUGCAACUCAUCCGGAUUACCAGACUACGCUAGCAGAUAUUUGGAAACGGUCCCCUCCCUUGUUCCAUUCCACCUCUGCAAUGCAUCGGUUUACAAAAUCACUUAAAGGGCUCAAGCCUCACAUUCGACGCCUAGGAAAACAAAUGGUAAGCAAUAUCACUGCAAGGACAAAAGCUGCUUAUGAAGCUUUAUGUGAGGCACAAAGGAGGACAAUGGUCACACCGUCAAGCCAGGCAGUCCAUGAGGAAGCUACAAAAUAUGAUCAAUGGAGGACAUUAGCAAACAUUGAGGAGCGUUUCCUGCAACAAAAGGCUAAGUUACACUGGCUUUGGAUUGGCGACCAGAAUAACAAAGCUUUUCAUGCGGCGGCGAAACUAAGGGAGGUGAGGAAUAAUAUCAAGGAAAUUCAAUGUGAAGAUGGGAGAUCUGUCCACACACAGGAACACAUUAAACUUGAAGCGGAACAAUACUUUACAAACUUCCUCAAUUUCACUCCUGCAGAUUAUGUUGAUUGGUCUACUCAGGAGCUGGCACAGAUUCUGAAUUACAAGUGUGAUGAGAAUGAUAAAAGCUUACUUACCCGAGAGGUUACUAGGGAGGAAAUCAAGAGGGUGUUGUUUGCAAUGCCAGUAAAUAAGUCUCCAGGACCUGAUGGUUUCAAUGUGGAAUUUUUUAAAGAGUCUUGGUCUAUUGUUGGUGAUGAUUGUGUUGUGGCAGUCCAAUCUUUUUUCCAGAAUGGAUUUUUACCAAAGGGGGUUAACUCCACUAUAUUGGCCUUAAUUCCAAAGAAGAAGGAUGCACAGACCAUGAAGGAUUACAGACCCAUUUCCUGCUGCAAUGUCCUCUACAAGAUCAUUUCUAAGAUUCUUGCUAACAGGCUAAAGCUCAUUUUACCAAAAUUUAUAUCUCCUAAUCAGUCAGCUUUCGUUAAGGAUAGAUUGUUGAUGGAAAAUCUACUCCUCGCAACAGAACUUGUCAAAGAUUAUCAUAAGGAUUCAGUGUCCCCUCGGUGUGCUAUGAAGAUCGAUAUAUCAAAGGCAUUCGACUCAGUGCAGUGGAGUUUUCUCAUUAAUACAUUGCGAGCUCUUGAUUUCCCGGAUACGUAUAUUCAUUGGAUACAAACUUGCAUCACCUCAGCCUCUUUCUCUGUUCAGGUGAAUGGGGAACUCGCAGGCUAUUUUGGUAGCAAAUGGGGUCUCCGGCAAGGAUGUUCUUUGAGUCCUUACCUGUUUGUGAUCUGCAUGAAUGUCCUCUCUCGCAAAUUGGAUAUAGCUGCUCAGAACAAACAGUUUGGUCUUCACCCCCAUUGUCGAUCAAUGAACCUGACACAUCUCUGUUUUGCGGACGAUUUGAUGGUGUUUGUGGAGGGAAGAAAGCAGUCGAUUGAAGGUGCUUUGGAUGUUUUCUCAGAUUUUGCAAAACAUUCGGGGCGAUUACAACUCUUCCAAUCCGUAACUUUCAGCCUUAUUAAUUUCUGGAUUGCUGCUUUUCGUCUCCAAAAAGCUUGUGUGAAAGAGAUUGAUAAACUAUGUUCCGCUUUCUUAUGGGCUGGCCCUUCCUUAAACCCCAAGAAAGCAAAAGUCCCAUGGUCUGAUGUUUGUUUACCAAAACACGAGGGUGGUUUGGGCUUACGGUCAAUUGAGGAGGCAAACAAAGUCUGUGUUCUCAAGUUGAUAUGGCGUAUUCUCUCUGCUAAAGAUUCACUAUGGGAAAAUUGGGUAAAAAGACAUCUCGUUCGAAGUGGCUCUUUGUGGGCUGAGCAAGAACCAUUAACCCCGGGAUCAUGGAUAUGGAGAAAGCUUUUAAAGUAUAGAACCAUCGCAACACAGAUGUAUAAAGUGGAUGUAUAUAACGGUGAAACCACCUCUUUUUGGUUCGAUAACUGGUCGGAUUUGGGGUGUCUUUACGAUAAGCUGGGAAACAGAGGCACGAUAUCACUUGGCAUACCACUCACAAGUACGGUAGCUGAGGUGAUGGAAAUGAACAGACAGAGAAGACAUCGACAGCCACUGUUAAGCCAAAUAGAGGAGGUGAUCAGAACACACAAACUUGAACGUGUUGCAGAGGUGCAGGAUGUCGCUCUCUGGAAAGGAAAAAACGACUCAUAUCACAAAAAAUUCAGCACUAAGGAUACAUGGUCUCUCAUCCGAGUUCCCCAUCCCCCUAUGGAGGUUUACAAAGUGAUCUGGUUCAAAUAUGCUACCCCAAGGUUUGCUUUCCUUACUUGGCUACUAGCUAAGGACAGACUUACAACAGGCGACAAACUUCAGAGAUAG